UUGUUUUAUUUUUUCCAGCCGGCGCUCCGGGUAUAAAACCGGGGCUAACGCUUCCAGACAACUGAGGAAACGUUCACAUUUCCUUCCCGGCGGUUUCUGUCCGGCUCCUGGCGAGACUAACAACCAAAACGGCCAACAAAGAUUCUCCUCAGGGUUUCUGGAGCUUCAGGCGAGUGUUCAACCCGAAUUUAACCAGUCUGCAGCUAAGCCUAUAAAUCCCUCAUGAUGAUGCAGAUCAGCAACGACCCGGCCAGCAACAAGCACUCUCUCCUCAACGUCAUGCACCGCUUCAUGGCAGCUGCCAACAACAUGGACGAGACCAUCAUGGUGCCCAGCCUGCUCAGAGACGUUCCCCUGGAGGAGCAGGCCAACAAUAAUAACAACAACAACGACGACGACGUGGCAGAGUCCCAGGUGGCCAGCAACAAGCAGAGGGACAUGUACGAACACUACCUGCUCCUCAAGUCCAUCAAGAACGACAUGGAGUGGGGUUUGCUGAAGAGGGAGAUGAGCAGCGGCGCCAGCUUCCUGGAGAUCGCCGUGAAGCAGGAGGAAGAGGAGCAGCCAUCGGUGAAGGGGGAUCUGGCUGUGCAGGACAACGCUGACCUGGAGCAUCAGUUUCAUUAUCACCUCAGAGGACUGUUUGGCGUGCUGUCCAAGCUCACGCUGCAGGCCGACCACCUCACCAACAGAUACAAGAGAGAAAUCGGAGGAGGGAACUUCAUGAGAUAGAAGUCUCUCUCUCUCUCUCUUGCACUGGACUGCUUUGACUUUUUGUAAGAAAUCUUAUCUGACCAGGGCGCUCUUUGUUUUCACUCCUCCUCUGCACUCCACCUGCCACCUGAAACCAGUGAUGCCAGACCUCUGUAUUCAGUGCUUGGUGGAGGUUUCCUCACUUUUCUUUUUUUUUUUUCCAGCCAGAUGACGCACAGCUUUGGUUUCUACAGAACCUUACCAAUCACCUUGUUUCAGGUUCAGACAUGUUUGUGAAUAAAAAGGUUCCUACCUGUAGGAGAUGUUGAAUGCUGGUUGUUCUGCCCAUCCUCCUUCUUUAAUUUAUCUUAAAGCUGAGCUGAAGGGCUCUUACCUGUACAAAGUUUAAUUCCUUCCACUUGUUGGUGUGCCUUGGCUUCAUACCGUUUCUACUGCUGCCCUGAUCAGGUCAUUGUGACGUUUUAACAGCUCAAUGUUUGUCCUUGUAUUUCAAAAUCAGUUUUAUAUUGAUGCAUAAAAUGCAUUACAGCUGAAAUAAAUGGCAAUGUUUUAAAAUUG